AUGGAAAAAGAAGCGAAACUUUACCCCAACUGUGAGUCCUACGUGUGGCUACGAUCGUGCGAGGAGGAGAUUAUACAUCCCAUUAAUGGCGAGAUAACAGGAGAGAUUCCAAAUUGGCUCAGAGGAACUCUACUACGUAACGGUCCUGGCUCCUUGAAAGUAGGCUCUAUGCGUUAUAAACACCUAUUCGACAGCGCGGCGCUCAUUCAUCGAUUUUCGAUUCAAAAUGGCCGCGUCACAUACCAGUGCCGUUUCUUGAGAUCCAACACUUACAAGAAGAAUCAGGCGGCUCAACGGAUUGUUGUAACCGAGUUUGGGACAGAGGCUGUACCAGAUCCGUGCCAUUCAAUAUUUGACAGGAUAGGAGCGAUUUUUAAACCCGGAGAUACGAUAACAGAUAACGCUAUGAUAUCACUCUAUCCUUUUGGUGAUGAAGUCUAUGCUUUCACUGAAGGCCCUGUUAUACAUAGAAUAGAUACGAAGACUCUCGAAACGAUGGAGAGACGAAAUCUCACAGAAAGUAUCGCUAUUGUGAAUCAUACGUCCCAUCCCCACGUUAUGCCAAAUGGAGAUGUUUACAAUGUUGGCAUGUCCGUGGUUUCUGGAAGGAUAAAACAUGUUAUCGUUAAGUUUCCUUAUCAUGAGAAAGGAGAUAUGUUUGCCCACGCGCAUGUCGUGGGGAGCUUAAAACCAAGAUGGAUACUUCACCCUGCGUAUAUGCAUUCUUUUGGUAUAUCCGAUAAUUACUUUAUAAUAGUGGAACAACCGUUGACUAUAUCACUUGUACAAAUGACACACAUAGUGCUUAUUAGGCGAGACACGGGCCAAGAACUAAAACGAUAUCGAGCGGAAACGUUCUUCUUCCUUCACGUUAUAAAUUGCUAUGAGCAAGGAGACAAGGUGCUGGUAGAUCUGUGUGCUUAUAAGGAUGCUAACAUCUUGGAUGCUAUGUAUGUUCACGCUAUUGAGACGAUGCAAACAAAUCCAGACUACGCGGAGUGUUUUCGUGGGAGGCCCAAGAGAUUCGAAAUGAACUUAACGGAUCCAAAUCUGACCAAAAUCGAACCACGCUGCUUGGCUGAUAUCGGUUGUGAAACGCCGAGAAUAGACUAUGACAAAUGUAAUGGGCACUCGUAUAGAUAUUUCUAUGCCAUCGGCUCAGAGGUAGACGUAGAACAUACCGGCGUGUUAAUAAAGGUGGACACGAAGACAAGAGAAAUGGUUACUUGGUGGAACCAUGAUUGCUACCCUAGUGAGCCUAUAUUUGUGCCCAGCCCAGAUGCAAAGGGUGAAGAUGACGGUGUGAUAAUAAGCGCAUUGGUGUACGGGAAGGAUGAUCGUCGAAUAGAUUUGCUCGUGUUGGACGCUAGAGACCUGACUGAAAUCGGCAGAGCUAAGUUCACGACGCCCUCACCGGCACCAAAAUGUCUACAUGGAUGGUUCUUGCCUGACAAAUGUUAG